ACUGCAGUAAUCCAGAUCAAUGCAUCCUGAUGCGAUCAGCUCCCGGUGAGUUCAAUGACUGUACGGAGUCCCAAGUGUGUCGACACAAUAGUUCUCGUCCCCGGGUCGUCCGUCGGGUCUCCACCAACAGUCGGGAACGCUGGCGGCAGCAGAACGUUAACGGAGCUUUCGCCGAGCUGCGGCGUCUCAUCCCAACGCACCCCCCCGACAGGAAGCUCAGCAAGAACGAGAUCCUGCGCCUGGCUCUCAGGUACAUCAACUUCCUGGACCGGCUGGCGAUGGACCAGGGCCCUGGGGGGGCCCCCCGGGGCCGAGCGGGGAGCGUGGAGCUGGAGGACGGUCUGCAGGGGGCGAUGUCACCAAACUCCAGCUGUGAGAGUUCAGUGGACUCUCUGAUGGAGGAGCAGGACUGUGGAGGUCUGCAGGUCCUCCACCUCACACCUACAUACAUCUGACAGGCUGGAUCCAGCAGAGACCAGCAGGACGAGUCCAGUCAGACUGAUCCAGGUUGUCAACCUGCAGUAUGCUCCUUUAA